AUGGCGUCCAAGAAGUGCCCGCUCUGCUGGGCCAACCCUGAGGAGCCUCCGUACAUGCACUCUCCGUCCAAGGGAUCACCUACACCGACACUCAAGGCGGUGCUGAUCCAUGAUUUGGCGCUCUAUUACAAGAUGGAGGAAGCCAAUCAGGCUUGGCUCAAUCAAAAGACAGUCACAGAACUGAAGUUCUUGCACCGGAAGGCAUACAACAAGAUUCCUCAUCCAGCUUGUCCUAUUACAGGACUUUCCAAGAUGAGCAAACCAGAACUGCAGGCAGUGAUCCGCCAACACGACCUGAUUCCCACAGGAAAAGGGACAAUUGGUGAGAUGCAGUUCCUUCUUCGCUCCCAUUGGGAAGUUCAGUGCGAGAUUGGCAAGCAGGAGAACAAGACUCAGGCAGCGCCUGUGAAGCAGCAGGGCAAAGAAGCGGAGCGCAAGAGGUUUUCUCGUGAAGCGGAGUGGGAAGUAAUUCCACCCAGUGACGCUGUGUGCCACGAAGUGGGGACGCACCUGAGCAACACUGAGGGGGAACUUCGGGAGCGUGCAGAGAUAGUGCAGGCAUUGAACAACAUGCAAGCCUUCCAGUGGGCAAGACUUUACGAGGCAGACACUACUUCUGGACAAGGACGCUUGCGUGAGAUCACCCGAUUAGAUUCCUUCAUCCCAACCUCACGACUGCUGCCUACUAUGCCAAUGGAUGGCCAUGAGCUUGGUGGCAACACCUUAAUUUGGUGCACUGAUGAAGAAUCCUCUUUGGCCCUGGCUAAGCGGUAUUUGAAGAGUUCAGGUGUGCGGGUCAAGCUGGACAGAGACUUCAGCCAUCGCCUCUACAAUAGCCACAAACAAGCUGUUGCGCACGCGCACUAUGAGGACACAAAUGCCAAGAUCCUAUUUUUGUCACGUGUGAACAGGACGCCAUACGGUUCAGGCCAGAGCCUACACAAAAAGAAGGAACUCAUGGCCCAGAUGGCCGAGACCUGUGAAGCUAGUCCUGCUGUGUUGCAGAUGGCGGAGGCCGGCCAGCAGUUUGACCAGUGGGGCGAUGCGAGCCACACCUCCGACCUUUUGGCGGACCUAGUGACAGCGGCAAAGACCGUCCAGCACAAGACUGAAGGGAUGGACACCAAGCGGUUUUGGACCUUGCAGAAAGAGUUCCGCUCAAUUGACACAAGCUGGACAGCAGAAAGGCUCAGCCUUCAAAUCUACUAUGAGUCAGAGGGCAAGAAGAAAGAUCUAAAAGAGGCUUGCCAAUCAACUCAACCUGAAGAAGGUGAAGAGAGCCUGGCCAAAUUGCGGCGAAAAAUUCCAAAGACUUUGCCUUUGGCCUACAAGAUUUUGCGCGACCGCAUGGUACAAUUCCGGGGGCGGCAAUUGCACAUGGCAGGGUUGGUUGGUCUCCUAGAAGAUUACGAAGCACUGCAAGCCCAGAAAAACUUGGACAAGUGUGUGCAGUACAACGCAGAGAGGAGUGUGAAUCGUGGUGCCCACUUGCUUCGUGUGUGGCAAACACUAUGCACUGAUAUGUCUUUGCUGCCAAAUUUGGGAUUCCAGCAUCCUCACGGAUUGGAAUCAGUACCGCCAGAGCUUGUGUCUGGGGCUGUGGCUUUAGCGCAAGACUUUGUGAGGUUGAUUGUGGGCCACAUGUCAGAAUACAGCUGGGACUGGACCUAUUGGAGUGAUAUUUUUCCAAACCGAUUGGGUGGCUUGUUGCGCAACGACCAAGAGAAACUGAAGCGCUGCAAGCAAGAGAUCCGCAAGCUGUGGACAAAUAUUCUGGCCUUGGAGAAAUUGCUCUUCACUGAGAAAGGCACUACAGCAGCUGAUGUCGAGCGCCAGUUGUUAGCGAAAGAAGAAAGCACAUUGCAGAGGCUGCAAAAACUCAAGCACAAGAGGCUCAUCUCUACUGGGAUCUUUACCCCCCCGGGGAACCAAGCGAAAGCCCGCAAAGCUUUCGAACAUGGGCAAUGCUUUGACAUCGGCUUCGCAGAUGCUGAGUUGGGAGUUGCUCCUUUGGUGGAUAUGGGGCCCUUACUUGGCAAGCGUAAGAAGGACCAGAACGACAAGGCGCCUCCCAAAGCAAAUGGUGACAGAGAUACUUUGCCCCUGUUUCUGCUUCCAGCCACCAAAGAAACUUUAAGGAGCACAGCCUCUUCGCUGGCUUUUGUCGCAAGCUUGUCAGACGUGGCGAGCUUGGAGGCUGUGGAGCAGGAGCUGGGCAGGACCUGGCUGGGACAGGCUUUGCAUCUGGGCUAUUGUUUUCUCAUCAAGAAUGAAGUUUGGCUCUCCCUGGGAUUCUGUCAAUUCGCUGCUCUAAUGUGGAAAUUGGAGGCGGUGCAAGUGGCUGAGGGUUGGGAGCAGGUGUUCUUUUGCGAGAGCGGCGCGUUCGGGGACUCGGAGCUGCGCUGGUUUACAGUAUGUGAGCUUCGUGAAG